AUGGGCGUAUUCAACCCCCAUUUCCUGGUGGUCAGUCUGGGCAAUCCCCUUCCCAAAUACUCAAGCCUACACUCAGCCGGUCACUAUGUCCUCAAAGGCCUCGCCAAGGUCGUAGGCCAGCCCGACUACCAACCGACCAAACUGGGCAAGCAAACCUGUCUCGUGUCCCAGGGGCCCAAGUACACCAUGGUUCAGUCGCCGACCCUGAUGAACGUGUCAGGAGGCUUUGUGGCCCGCGCAUGGCAGGAGAUGGCGCGGCAACACGACCCGGCCUCCCUCAGCCUGGUUCUGGUACACGACGAGCUCGAAAAGGACUUUGGCAUUGUCCGUCUCGUCGCCUGGGACCGCAGCCACAGGGGCCAUAAUGGCAUAAAGAGUGUGAGAUCGUCCGUGACCCAGUCAAAGUACCCUGAGUCGCCGCUUGCCAGGAUCGCUGUCGGUAUCGGAAGGCCAGACGAGAGGGACGCCGCUACCGUUUCACGAUACGUCUUGGCCCCGAUAGGGGCCGAAAAGAUCCAGGAGCUCCAGACUUCGGUGGCGCGAGAGGUCGCCACCAAGCUGCGUGAAUUGGAGGAUGAGUGGGCGUCAGAAUUAUCCAAGUGA